CUCACCGUCAUCCAUUUACCAGCCUCGCCACUCCGAGGGGCGCACGUUAAUAAGAUUAGCAAUUAAAACGCGACCGAGUGUCUGUGGCACGGGGCCACCCCCAGGCUGAGCCGGGGCGGGACGGCGCUCCUGGCGGCCGCGCAGCACAACAGACGUGCGGGCGCUGGGGCGGGAAGCCAGUGCGCGAGCUCAGGGCCAUGGAGAAAGCGCGGCCGCUGUGGGCCAAUCCGCUGCAGUUCGUGUUCGCCUGCAUCUCUUACGCCGUGGGCCUGGGCAAUGUGUGGCGCUUCCCCUACCUGUGCCAGAUGUACGGCGGAGGGAGUUUCCUGGUGCCCUACGUCGUCAUGCUCAUCGUGGAGGGAAUGCCGCUCCUGUACCUGGAACUGGCGGUCGGACAGCGCAUGCGCCAGGGCAGCAUCGGCGCCUGGCGCGCCAUCAGCCCCUACCUGAGCGGCGUCGGCGUCGCCAGCGUGGUGGUCUCCUUCUUCCUGUCCAUGUACUACAACGUCAUCAACGCCUGGGCCUUCUGGUACCUCUUCCACUCCUUCCAGAACCCCCUGCCGUGGUCUCGCUGCCCACUGAAUGGCAACCGCACGGGCUACGACCAGGAGUGUGAGCUGGCUUCGUCGACACAGUACUUCUGGUACAGGAAGACCCUCAACAUCUCGCCGUCCAUCCAGGAGAGCGGCGGUGUGCAGUGGGAGCCGGCGCUGUGCCUCGUGCUGGCCUGGCUCGUGGUGUACCUGUGCAUCCUCCGGGGCACCGCGUCCACCGGCAAGGUGGUGUAUUUCACAGCACUGCUGCCCUACUGCGUGCUCAUCAUCUACCUGGUCCGGGGCCUCACGCUCCACGGAGCCACGAACGGCCUGGUGUACAUGUUUACCCCCAAGGUGGAGCAGCUGGCCAACCCCAAGGCCUGGAUCAACGCGGCCACCCAGAUCUUCUUCUCGCUCGGCCUGGGGUUCGGCAGCCUGAUCGCCUUCGCCAGCUACAACGAGCCCUCCAGCAACUGCCAGAGGCACGCGGUGAUCGUGUCCCUCAUCAACAGCUCCACCUCCAUAUUCGCCAGCGUCGUCACCUUCUCCAUCUAUGGCUUCAAGGCCACCUUCAACUACGAAAGCUGCGUGAACAGGGUGAUUCUGCUGCUGACCAAUUCUUUCGACCUGGAAGACGGCUUUCUGACAGCCAGCAACCUGGAGCAGGUGAAGGGCUACCUGGCAUCCACCUACCCCAGCCGGUACAGCGAGGUGUUCCCGCAGAUGAGGAACUGCAGCUUGGAAGCCGAGCUGGACACGGCAGUCCAGGGCACGGGCCUGGCUUUCAUCGUCUACACGGAGGCCAUCAAGAACAUGGAGGUGUCCCAGCUGUGGUCGGUGCUGUACUUCUUCAUGCUGCUGAUGCUGGGUAUCGGGAGCAUGCUGGGCAACACGGCCGCCAUCCUCACCCCGCUGACCGACAGCAAGGCCAUCUCCAGCCGCCUGCCCAAGGAGGCCAUCUCAGGUCUGGUGUGCCUCAUCAGCUGUGCCAUCGGCAUGGUGUUCACCACGGAGGCCGGCAACUACUGGUUCGACAUCUUCAACGACUACGCGGCCACGCUGUCCCUGCUGCUCAUCGUCCUGGUGGAAAUCGCGGCCGUGUGCUACGUGUACGGGCUCAGGAGAUUUGCAAGUGACCUUCAGGCCAUGACCGGCCACCCUCUGAACUGGUACUGGAAGGUCAUGUGGGCCGGCGUGAGCCCGCUGAUCCUCAUCAGCCUCUUGCUCUUCUACCUGAGCGACUACGUCCUCACGGGGACCCUGCAGUACCAGGCCUGGGACGCCGCCCAGGGCCAGCUCGUGACCAAGGACUACCCCACGUACGCACUGGCGGUCAUCGGGCUGCUGGUGGCCUCCUCCACCAUGUGCAUCCCCCUGCUGGCCCUGGUGGCUUUCAUCCUGCGCUGCCUCAGGAGGGGAGGGGACACGGCCUCCGAGGCCUGAGAGCCGGGCCUCCUGGAGGCCACGGCCAGUGCUUGUCUCCCAGCUGCUGUUUCCAGGUGGCACGGCCUCGGCUGCUUUUGCAAGUGUUGGGCUCCCGGAGCUCCCAGCCCUCAUCUUCCCGAGCCCAGAAAGAAGAGUCGGGAAGUGUAGAGGGGGGAGGUGCCCCCUGGAAACCCACACCCUGUCCCCCCAACAGCCCCUCCGGCCGCUGCCUCCCCCCAAGGUCAUACAGGCUGUCUCCUUGUCACCCCAGAGGCAGGCUUUUCAAGGCCGGUCUUAACGACAGUUGCUUCCUCGAUUCUAGGAGCAUCCUGGAAUUAGAGUUCAGUGAGCUGAAAUGUGACUGUGACUUUUAUGGGCCAGAAUGUCAGCCGUGGCCUCCCCCAAAGAGGUUCCCAAACACGAGAGGGCCAUCGUUUCCUCACCAGUUUGAAGAGUUCUCUAAGUGCCUGAGAAGACAGAUCUGAACAUCACCAGGGCAGACUCAGUCCUCGCCUCUCUGUCGCAGUGACGAUGCAUAUGCCACGCCCUCCUUCACUAACGGGCCUGACUGGCCGUCAACAAGGCUGUGGUUCGGGACUCACAAAAUUAGAAUUUCUGUAAGCCCAGGUCCUUCACAGCGGGCCCAGGGCCAGUCCUCUCAACAAAAAGGGCCCCAACUCCGGUUUUAGCGCUGCUGGGAUGGCAGGCAUCCACCUAAUGUGCAUUCGGGUGCAGUGGCCAGGCCAGUGUAGGGAAGACCAAGAGCACUACUCACAAUCCAAUUAAACGUAUUUAUCUGUAUAUAAGUUUUCUAAAAUGUACAUAACUCAAACAGAGCACCUUGUAACUGAAGUCACCAUAUUUAUGAUAAAGCU